CACGCACGCACAAAGCAGAGCAGGCAACGGCACAGCCCAGCACAGGUAGAGAGAGAAAGAGAAGCGCGGAGUCAAGAAGCGGAGCAACAACAGCAGGCCGAGGAAGAGAAGAGAAGGCCAGGAGGCAGCAGCCAGGAGGAAGAGCAAGAGCAAGAUGCUGCGCGGGGGCUCGAGCGUGCUGGGGAUCAUCAACUUCAUCACCUUCCUGAUCUCGAUCCCGAUCCUGGGCGGCGGCAUCUGGCUGGCGUCGCGGGCCAACUCCACCGACUGCAUCCGCUUCCUGCAGUGGCCCAUCAUCAUUGUGGGGCUCGUCCUCAUGGUCAUCUCCCUCAUGGGCUUCGCCGGCGCCUGCUACCGCCAGACCUGGCUGCUCCGCCUCUACCUCUUCGCCAUGUUCUUCGUCGUCCUCGCGCUUCUCUUCUUCAUCGUCUUCGCCUUCGCCGUCACCGACCGCGGCGACGGCCAGGUCGUCAUGAACCGCCGCUUCCCCGAGUACCAGCUCUCCGACUACGGAGGCUGGCUCCGCGACCGCGUCGCCGACCCACAGUACUGGGCCACCAUCAGCGCCUGCCUCCGCGACGGCCACGCCUGCGCCGGCAUGAGGCGCCUCGCGCGGGACCCCAACACUGGCAUGCUCGUGCCGGAGACGUCCACCAUGUUCUACGGCCGCAACCUCUCCCCGAUCCAGUCUGGAUGCUGCAAGCCACCGACGUCAUGUGCGUUCAGCUACAUGAAUGAGACGUACUGGACACAAAACCCCAGCGUCCCGACGGUGACCAACGACCCAGACUGCAAAAGGUGGAGCAACGACCAGCAGACGCUGUGCUUCCAGUGCGACUCGUGCAAGGCUGGCGUCCUCGCGGGCAUCAAGAAGAGCUGGCGCAAGGUGGCCGUCCUGAACAUCGUGGUGCUGAUUAUCCUUGUGAUCGUCUACGUCGCGGGCUGCGCCGCGUUCCGCAACGCGAAGAGGAUCGAGAACGGCGAGGCGGUCGGCAUGGCGCGGAUGACCAAGUCCCAUCCGAGCAGGUUCCAGUUCUAGGCCGCUGCUCCGCUGCCACUGCGGGUUCGAAAGCUCUUGCCUUGUACAAAUGGCCUGUGGGGUGUGGUCCUAAGGCUUGGGCUUCGCUAUGUCUUGCUGAAUUGCGGAUUCUACUGCAUUUGGUGGUGGAAAUGGAAAGUCCAGUGUAGUUUGGGGUUGUGUUUGUUUGAGUGUUUAGGGUAGGCCUAUUAUGUGGGGUUGGCUGGGGUACAAUAUGAGAUCUGCAAGAAACAAGAGAAGUUGAAUCAUCUAGGAGUUGUUUUGUAAGGG